AUGCGGUUGUAUACUCAAACUCAGUAGGCUUUGCAAAAAACAUUCUCGGAAUGGCUGAAAAUUGUUGAUGUUAUUAUUUUUUUCAUUGAUGCCAGUUUUAUGUGAAUUUUGCCGUAAUUAAUGAUUGUAAUCAUCUCCAGGAUUUAUUUUUAUUGCUAUGAAAACAAAAAAGCUAAAGAAACUUACAUAAGUGUAGCAGUCUAGUCUACUAGUCUAGUAACCAGUCAAGUUUGUUGUGGAUGACCCCUUGCUCGAUUGUGGAAAGUGUGAGACGGGAGCUUUUUAGUCUUCUGUGGCUGUGCAGAUGCGAUUUGGUACAUGAAUUACGUUUACUGGUAUUUUCAAGGAGACCGAUUCCCAUGCCUCAUUUUAGUUCCUCGGAGGCUGUGAAAUAACAGAGAAUGUCAAUUUCUGAGCGGGCAACCAAAGAGCGCCUCGGUGAGGGAUCGGAUGGGUGAUUUUCCUUGUUUGUCUCGGAUUACAAUAAUCCUACUUCAUGUGGAACACCGGACCAAGUUUUGGAGUUUCUCCUGUGUUGGAUUACAUCAAACAUCAAUGGAUUUUGAUCUUGUGACCAGUGACAGGCCCAUGGCUUGUACCACUUAGACGUUCUACUGCUACUCUUGUGCUACUUUUGGUUUAUUUUCCAUGUUGGUAAUAAGAACGGAUUCGGUGAUGGCUCAUCUUUUAAACCAAUGUGCCUGGGAGUAUCUCAUAUCGAUCUACGAUAUGAAGCUGUGACAAAUCAAUCACUUGCUUGGAUUACAUAUUUGUUUGACACACCCAAAGUUUGGGCAUCAGUGAAAACACAAAUGCCCCUGAAUAGAAAAUGGCGGUCCAUGGACUUGUUCGGCUCACGGGAGAGCCUGAACAAGCUGCCUUUUCUGAAUCACGGGAACAAGGACAAAGACCACGGGAACAAGGACAAGGACCACGGGAACAAGGUGAAAGAUUCCAAGGAGGGUCAUCUGAAACACGAGCACCCUGCGGAGCUUCGGCCUCCGAAAGGCAACUCUAAGAAUCGACUUAGUCAGAGAGGAGUAGAGCCCAAUGGAAUGGGAAGAUUAUAUCUAAGAAGGCUGUCCAGCCUAACACCUGGGAGUGAUUCCAACGCUGGAUCAAGCCGUAAUGUGGAGCCUGCAGACCCAGCAUCUCUGGUCCAGAGGUGUGUCAUCAUACAGAGAGAUGAGAAGGGUUAUGGCUUCACUGUCAGCGGGGACAACCCAGUCUUUGUUGCCUCUGUCAAAGCAGAUGGAGCAGCAUCAAAAGCUGGUGUACAGCAAGGGGAUAGAAUAGUCAAGGUAAAUGGAACACUUGUGACAAGUAGGAACCACCUGGAUGUUGUUAAGCUUAUCAAAUCUGGUUCUUAUGUAGCCUUGACUCUGUUGGGAAAACCUCAUCCUAGUGGGGCUAUCAACACACCUUCCAUCAUUGCCUCCUCCAAACGAGACUCUGUGACCGGCCAGGUGGUCACUGCUCCCCAACCUGUUGACCCUGAAAAAGACAAAGAGUUAUGGAAUCAGAAAGUGGUAAUGACUCGGACGAUGUACGAGACGGCAAAAGAAGAUUAUAACAUGCUUCAGAGGCAGUAUGUAGUGAAGCCUACUGACAAGCUCUACAAUCAGCUACUAGAAAAAGAGAGAACAUACCGAGCACUGGAGCAACAGUUAAAACAGCUGACAGGGGAAGACAAACUGCAUUCAGCCAUUACCUCAAUUAGUCACCCUCCAGUUCCAGAACAUGGGAGUAUAGAUAACACAUGGCUCCAUCGCUCCGGCUCCCCAUCCAACAUUAGGCACUCCAAGCAGAGCUCUGUCCCGUCCUUAGCAUCGAGCUCUGCAGGGGAGAGCAGCCUGGCUGAGAUGCGUGGUGUGCAAGUAGCAAGGUCCAAGUCUGACGUGGCUACCAGGAAUAAAAAAUCAUCUGUUUUCUAUGUUGACAACCAAGGCUUCAAAGACUCUGAGGCCAAGAAACGUUAUUUCCACCUCAAAAGGGCUUCAUCUGUGCCGACCACAACAUCCGACUUUGGUAGUGUAUAUGACUCACCGCAGACAAGCCCCAGUGUGUCGCCUACCCCUAAUGGCCAAGAAUCAGUAGACACCAUGAGUACAGACAUAAUUACCAUAGAUGAUGAGGAGGUGCACUCUGAGGAUGAACAGUUACUGGCUGCAGUCAGUCCUUGGGUAGGAGGAAGACCGACCACCCCGAUUGGCACUAAGAUAACAGGCCCUGAGAUGAAUAACCCUGGACCAUUUGCAGAUAUCAAAUUGUUGGAGUCCAAGCCUGCCCAUUUGGCUGUUUUCCUCAAUUACCUCUUUCAUAAUCUUGAUCCAUCCCCAGUGCUAUUUCAUCUAAUAUCAGAUCAGUACUCCCGCUGUACUGCCAACUCUAAAGAAUUGAGAAAGUAUGCCUAUGAGAUAUACUCCACCUUUAUUGCACAGAAUGCUCCUCUGAGUGUCUGUGAUGAUGACAUCUUAAUCAGCCAAAUGGACAAUAUACUGAACAUCAGUGCCACCAAGACAGACAAUGAUAUAGCCCUAAGGACAAUGUUCCAGCCUGUUCGACAGAAUGUACAAAAUGAGAUUAGUGAACUGUUAUCAGAUUUUAGGAGUAAAAAAGAUUUAGGAAUGUUAAAUUUCUAUGGUUAUGGCAAGCUUCAGGAUAAUAUGGACAAAAAUAUGGAGAUCAAAGCUGCUGAAGAGACAUUGAUUCCUGUGAUAAGUAGUUUAGGUGUUGAAGACAAUGUUCGUGUAGAAAAAGACCAGGCCAUUGUAUGGGCUUUUGCCACAUUCCUUCGUUCAUGGGUUGGUACCAAAUCCUCCCAUCCCACUUUAGAGAGAGUUCAGACAUUCAUGAUGAAAGAAAAGAAGAGUAUUCGCAUCCCCAUGCGCUCCAGUAAAGCCAAGGAGGUUAAAGGUCAUCAGUUCAUCCUCCAACAUUUUUUUGUAACCACUAACUGCAACUGUUGUGGUGGUCUACUAUGGGGUGUUGGCUUUCAGGGUUACCAGUGUCAGACCUGUAAGAUGCCCCUCCACAAACAGUGUGUAGAGAAUAUAACAGAGCCCUGUGGAGGAAAAUUGAAAAGGAAAGACAGACCUUUGUCUAAACCACCACCACCUAAGAAACCAACAAUAGGCCAAGGGUCCAUUGAGACACAGAGACCUCUAUCAGAGAUUCCACAUAUAACUCAACCUUACCCUAAAGAUCCAGAAGAUUUAGCAAACAUCCUUUCCCUUAUAGCUGGUCUACCCAAGCACUCAGUGGGCUCAAUAGUCAGGCGGUAUGAGUCAAGUCCAACAGGACCUGGCCCUGGAAUACCUGGUCUCUCCGUCUCAACCUCAGGAAGCAAGUUGGAUUCUGAAGGUGAAAGAAAAUCUGGCACAGAUCUCAGCAGAUCAGGGAGUCUCAAUAAUAAACCCGAGCAAAAAGGAGAUGGACGCCGUACUAAAAGUGAUGUGGAUAUCAAUCCUGAAAUGUUCAAAGCAUUACAUCAAUCCCAGAGUUCUUCAGCCUCCAGUUCGAACAGAAGUAUUGAGAGUCCAAGCAACAGCACUGAUACCAUCAUUGAUACAAACAAAAUGCCUUAUGAUUCUGAUCUUGAUGUGGACACAGAGCUGCCCCCCUUGAAAUCUGUGCUGGGGGAAGAGGUAUGCCGCAAACUGAAGCCAAAAGAGAAGAAAAGGCAAGAAGUCAUCAAUGAGUUGUUCUACACUGAGAGAACUCAUCUAAGGAAUCUGAAGAUCUUGGAUCAUCUCUUCAACCGUCCCAUGUUGACUGAUGUUGCCAUGUCUGAUCUAGCUAGAGCCCUUUUCCCCAGCAUGGAUGAACUGAUCAAUUGUCAUGCCUCUCUGAAUGCUGACAUGAAAGAAAGAGUGAAAAGUAAUCCUGUUGUCAAAGACGUUGGAGAUUUAUUACUCAAACGGUUUGAUGGCCAGUCUGGAGAAUGGUUUCGUAAAAUCUGUGCUGAGUAUUGCAGGAAUCAAGCCUUUGCUUUGGAUUUCUUAAAGAAACAAACCAGGAAGGAGCCCAAACUGCAACAGUUUCUAAAUGAUGCUGAGUCCAAUCCUCUGUGUAGACGACUUCAACUCAAAGAUCUAGUGCCUUCACAAAUGCAAAGGUUGACAAAAUAUCCAUUGUUAAUAGACAAUUUGUUGAAGCAUACACAAGCUAGCAGUGAGGAACACAAGAGACUAGAGCGGGCGCUAGAAAGAUGCAAACAUAUCCUAGGCUAUGUCAACAUGGCAGUGAAAGAAUGUGAAAACUAUCACAAGUUGAAGGACAUCCAGAAAAGGCUUGACAGAAGGUCGAUAGAGUCGUCAACUGAUCCAAACUUGGCAGAUGUCAAGAACCUUGACUUGACGACACACAAGUUAAUAUUUGAUGGCCCACUCACCUGGAAGCUGCGGUCACAUCGGACAGUCGAUCUCCAUGUGUUGUUGUUUGAUGAUAAGCUGGUAUUGUUACAGAAACAAGAUGAGAAGUUCAUUCUCAAGUGCCAGAAUACUAAUGUCCAAGCAGCUAAAGAUGACCACAAGUAUACCCACAGUCCAGUUCUACGUCUGCAGAACCUUUUAGCCAGGAGUUUAGCCACAGAUAAGAAAUCAUUUUUUGUAGUGAACAUAUCAGAAGUCAGAGCUCAGAUGUAUGAGUUUACUGCCGCUACUUCAGAAAUGAGAGUCCAAUGGUGUAAGUUGAUCAAUGAAAAGGCAGAGGAGCUGAAGAAGAAUAACAAUAUUCCGGGCCCACGUACCAGCACUGUCAUGCCUCAGUCACCACUGGAAUCUGUUACUCUAGAGAGAACAUCAUCUACCAGCAAGGAAAGUGACACCAACAGUCCAGUUCAGGAAAUAUCUGCUGGAGAUGAAGAAGAUAAUGAGGAAGAUGUCAUAGAUGGUCGCUUAGAAAGUCUGGAUACUCACCAAGAUGAGCUGGUCCAAUCAGAUGAGCUUAUACAGCCUGAUGAACUAAGAGUGACUAACCCAGUGACAUCAGUCCCUGUUCCAGUCAGGUCCAGUUCCUUGUCAGACUUGAUACUGCAGAACGCUCGGAAAAUAGAAUCGUGCUUCCAGGAGCGAGAGCAUCUGCUGAAACUGAUGCUUAGUCCAUCUCACAACCAGCAGAAUCCGGCAGACGUUCCACCUAGAAGCACUGAAGAAGAGAACGAGGAAGUGGAUAAGGAGGAGUUGAUACAACUGUUUGACAAAGCUUUCGAAAUCUCACGCAGAUUUUUACACCACCUUUUGGCAUCUGGACCCCCUUCCAACCAAAGACAGACGAUGGAUCAGGAAAGCCCCUCCUCUCCCUCUCGCCCACUGUCCACUAUCAGCCAGGGAGAGAGCUCAGCCUCCGAGGCUGAGAGCAGUAGCAGUGGGGUAAGCAGCCAGCAGCAGACCAUCCAGCCCCCAGCCCAGAUAGUCCAGCAGCAGAGCCUGAGUGUCCCUGUUCCAAUGGAGCAGCUGAAGGAGAUGGCUUUGGAAAUGAACACUAUCCUAGCCCAACUGAUGAGUGCUAUGAACAGUGGCAGUGAGGAGCGUCAUAGACUGCGAAAUGAACUGCAGCUAGCUCAACAGAAACUAGAUGCCUUGAAACAGUUGCAGCGUUCCAUAUCUGGAUCCUCCCCUCCCAGUAGGAGCAGUCCAGCGUUUGGAUCAAGUUCCAACAUUCCAGUAGCCAGCGGGAAGACAAGUAAUGAAGUACAAGAAGAACAUGUUUCUAAGUCAGCAGCACACUCCUCACAAGCCUUUCAGACAGUGAUACCAGAUGAGGACCUUGUUCACCAUGGAAUUCAGCAAGAAACUCAUUUGGAGGAGAGUGUUGAGGCCCUGCAUCUGUCUACUGGCUCUGCAGAAGCUGUGCAGGCAAUAGCAACAGAGAAGCUAGACGACUUUCGGAUAGAUGACGAUGAGGGCAGUAGUAAUGAGGUGUCUGUUGCUGACUUGCCACUCCCCGAUAUUGUCAACAUCCCAGACAGCGACCAGCACGACACCUUCCACCAUAAUGAAGCGGACCUGGAUGACAGCGAGUCAGAGAGUGAUGACAAUGACACACUGACAUCCAAAAAUAGCAUUCAGGACUUCCCUAGUCUUUCGACCACUGUAGAAGAUGUCGCAGGGGAGGAGAUGGAAGGCGUGAACAUGGUAGAUAGUAUACAGCACAGAGAGAGUGAUGGUAGUAGUAAUGUAGACCCCCAGUAGAGGUCUCAAAGGUCAUUCUAGUAAAUCUUUCUCUGCAAGAUACCCACUCAGAACCGAAGCAUGUCAAUGAUACGUUUCCCAUAGGGUACUACUGAUGCAGUGAUGCAGUAGAGAUAGAUCUCACCAUGUCCAGAUGUAGCCUCAUUGUUCGACUACUUCAAACACAAAUAUUGUUUCCUUCGAUGGCAUGUCUCAUGUUAUCAUUAAUCAUCUUCUGCACUGUCAGAAGUGUUCCUCAUUGUCAGCCUCAUCAGAACAUUUUGUACCUUCAGAGUUAACUACAAAUAAAAUAGUCAUGAACUGUUCAGUAAAAAUGUUUCUCAUUCAAUGGAUUACUCACAAAUUCACUUUCAGAAAGUUUGUUCCUGCUCCUUCUUUAAUGAAAAUGUGACUUGAUUGAAAGAACAGUCUAUCUUCUUGACAAUUGGAUUUACUAUUUGUUGAAACAAGCAAGUUCUGUUAUGAUCAUCCAGCAUGUGCAGCAGUGAUCUAGUUCUUCCCUUAGUUGGGAAUUUACUAGUACACCCGUGGUUAAAUUAAAAUUAUCUCUGGAUUUAAGGAAAAUUGGAGUGUGUUCCCUUUGCAAGUUUUCUUGUUUCUUUUUUUCCCUGUCAGAAAUGGACAAAAUAAUUUGGAGACAACUUGGACAUGAUUCACACGUUCUUUGAUCAUAGAAGUCAAAAUCUCAUUUGACUGAUUGGUAUGAGGCUUCAAAGAAAAAAUGCUAUGUCUGAAGUACUAGAGGCAGCAGCACUAAGUAAGAAAUGUCUUGUUACACUGGUAAUGGAACCCAUGUCUUAGAAUUGAACUGCUAGUCAUCUUUUGCAGCUUUCAAUAUUUGCACACAGUAGAAUUUGACAAUGUAGUAGUGAAUGAAUUAUCCUACUGCCAGUGCUUUGAAACUGUCCAAAAAUGAUUGGACAAAGACAGUGGCCUUGACAAUGCCCAAAAGGAUAAGACAAAGUCAGUAACUUUUGAGCUGUGCUUAAAGAUAUUGAAUGGAUAAGUAUAUUUUUAAACUGUCCAAAAUUGAUUGGUUGGCUGCACAAAUCAGUCCACACAAUAUGAGAUGGCUGCAGUAACUUUAAAAAUGAUUUCAGUUUGCAGGGAAGGCUGCUGUAACUUAUGAACUUUCCACAAAAUGAAAGGAUGGAUGCAGUGCCAUUUCGGAACUGUCUUCAUUGUGAUUGGUUAGCCCCUUGAUUUACAUCGUAUCUGAUGUUUUUCAUUGUCUGAAAAAAGAUGGUCUUCCUAUGCUACCAGCAGGAUCCUAUUAGAAGCAAAUCUUCUCAUGAUGAUUCUAGCCAUUAUUUUACUGAAGGAUUCCAGUCAGUGGAUAGACUGAUCCUUCUGGUCAAGUGUAGACAGGAGAUGAAGCUAUGCUAACCAGGAGAUAGUCACUCUCUUCUCCUCUGGCACAUCACCAGCCUAGAGGCUCACCAUAUCACACAUUCACACUUAAUAGUGAAACUACACUCAAUAGUGACAGUUUUCUGUGUAUCACCAGAACCACUGUAACCCAUUUACCAUAGCAGUGAAUUUGUUUGUUCUAUUCAUUGAUAUUUAUAAUCUAUUUAGGCUUUGUGUGAGUGAGUGUGGGUGUGUGUGUGUGUAUGGUUAGUGUGGCAGUGUUCUGUGACAUCACUGACACUUAAAGCAUGGCAGAUGGCUUGUGUCUCGGCUUGAUUGGCUGCGCACACACACAAAUAAAAAGCAGUACACAUCAACAUUCACUUGACUUACUGUACUACCCAGGUGCAAAACCAUGCUCCUUUUCUUGGACUACAUGUGUUUUAAGUGUUAAAUAGCAGCAUAGGCUGAUUAACGUUUCUAGUGAGUUGACUGUGAUUAGGCAUUUUUCUGCCUCUGUUUUGUUUGGAUUGUAGCAAGACUUGAAUUUCAUUUAGUAGUUGGAGUAGAACUGAUGGCACGGAAAGUGUUAGUUUGGGCUUAAUAUUAUGACCAGGUCUUUAGUCUUCGGUCAUUAAAAAAUAACAUUUCGUUUUAAGCCAUCACUGCCCUAAAUUUUGUGUUUUUUUUUAGUGUGUGACUUUAAAGGACUCAAUAGUGAUGUGUAUAAUAUCACUUGACUAUAAAACAGCCCUAAACACACAGAGCAUAGACCGUUAGUUCUAACAUUUGACUGUGGUCUAGUGAUGUGUUAGUAUCUUAUCUCUGAGUUAUUUCUCUUACUGAGUGCUUAAUGUGCUAACGUUACACCUUAAUGUGUUAACCCAGUGGGUUAUCAGGUUAUUGCUUAGUCAGUGUAUACAAUCAGCUCCUGUUGCAGUUUGUUUCUGCUGGAUUUAUAAAAGUUGCUUCCAAGUUGACUGGUUCCAUUGAGGAGGUAGGAAGCAAUACAGUUUAGACUAAUUAGCUGAAAUUGAAUUUGUUGAACCAGAAAAGUUAUUUACAAUCCAGUCUACCCUUAAAUGAUGUCAGAAAAAAAAAGUCCACUCAUUAUACAUGUGUCAGUAGUAGAGCUGUAGAAUGUUCAGCUAUAAAUCUUGAGGUCUUUUGUUUGAAUCCUGGUAGGAAUCUGAUUUUUUUUUCUGGACAGAGUCCAAAAUAAUCACUCAGCUUUAAAUUUGUUGCUUAGUAGAAGUUAGGAGGAAGAUGACCUGAGGUCAUUGUGCUGGACACACGUCUUCCCUUAUGCUAUUGGUCAUGGGAACAAGAGAGCACCUCUUUGUCCUAAUGUCAGUAUGUAGCAUGGUCUUGACUUGAUUGGUGAUAGAUAACACAUGAUAUAUGGCUGUUGACUUGAAACUCUAAAAGGGGGUACAGAAAGUCACAUCACAUUUCACAACAUUCCCACCACAGCCAUUGAUCCUAUUAUAUAAUUACUUGUGAUAGUCCGGCCUGAUUUUUUGAGCAGUUUUAUUUAGUCUUGUUGCUUGUUGUUGAUCCAAUUGACACAUUUCUCUAAUUGUAGUAGAUAAGUAUUUGCCUCUUAGUUGAAUAGACUUUUGAUGCCACUGACUUAGCAAAUCAAUUAUGCAGCUUAGCAUUAAUGUUUCUAUGGUGUUAGCAUGUUCAUACUUUGCUUUUGUUAACUCUAGUUUGAACAGGUUUGUGAAGCUCUGUUGCCUUGAAACUCUAUAUUAUCUUUCCUAAGUAUUUCAAGCUCUAUUAUUGUGUUUGUUAUUUUGAAUGUUUCAAAACAAGAAGUGUAAUCCUUUGUUUUAUAAAAACAAGGUUUGUCCUAUGACAGUGAUUUAAGGCAUUGCUUGUCUGAUAGUCUUUGUACACAUAGGUCUCUGUCAUGUCACAGUGUCUGAUAGUCUAGAACACACACAUCAUGAGUCAUUGACUCCUAAUUCAGGUGCCAUUACAUUGUUUCGGUGUUUGCCGGAUAUUUGUUUGUUUUCCCUAUUAAUAUAUAUUUUUUUUAUAUUUUAUUGUAAUUAUAUUUCACAAAUUGUGUUAACAAAUCUUGUGCAAACAUCUUGAUGUUAUUAUAGUGCAAGACAUCAGAUGUCGCUCUCCUGAUUUAUAGUCCAUUGAUGAUUGAAUGAGGUCAAGAGAGUGUAUCUCUGUAGAAAUGAAACUGUCUCUCUACAAGAAUACUGUUAAAACUGUUAUAAAUUUCUGUGUGAACUUCAGUAUCCAACCAAAUAGUCACUUGCUGUGAACAUCUUGUUGUAUGAAAAGAUGAUUCAAAUUUUGUGUUUUUGUUUUAGAUUGAAAUUGCUUUUGAACACAAAUUGAUUUCAGCUCCUAUUCAUUUUAAUUCAAUUAAUUUUAAGUGGGUAUUCCAGUUCUAAAGAUGAGAUUGUUUCUUGUAGUUUGAAAGUAGGUUAGUUUUGUGUGGAUUUGUUUAUUCAUGACUAUAAACAAGUAGGCAGUUGUUAUGGAAAAUUGAUAUUAUUUGGCUGAUUACUGACAUUGAUUAAAUUAAGAUAUUUAGUUUGCUUUGAGUAUUAGUGACAGAGUUAAUUGUAUUGUAACAUGGACAAAAUGUUCAGUAUGACAUGAUUAUCUUCUUUAUUUGGUUUCGUUGUAUGAUUAAAUCAGAUCAAAAUGUUAACUUUCAAAGAAAAAAUUUUCGUUACUAGAGUAAGACUUCUAUUUUUAGCAUCUGUACUGAUCUCCAAGCAAUAUAGCAUAUGCCAUAUCUAGACACAGAUUUAAGAAAUACAACUAUUAGACUGUGCUUAGUAAAAGAAUUUGAAAUGAGUUUGAAUAUGUUCAUAUAUUUUUGUUUUAUUGACUAGAUUUGAACAUUAAGGAGACUAAGUAAUGUAUAACUCCCAGUAGGAUGUCAUGUAGGUAUAGCAAGAGAUAGCAGGAGUAUCACUGAAUGUCCCAGACACUGUGUUAUUGUAGGCCUGCAUUAUUCUGGAUAUUGUCAAUGUUUGUGAUAUCAUUUGUUAACAGUCUAUUACUUCUGCUCUUUACUGAACUUCUGUUUGAAUUGAAUUGUAUAGUUUGAUAACUGGAGUUGUCACUGAUCUAAGCCUUCUAUGACAUCUGUUGAAUUUCAAGAAAAUUGUCACUAUUCAGAUAAAAAGUUGACAAAUCGUCUACUGUGUUUUUUAAUUACACUAGUGUAGCGGAGUUUCUUGCCAGAGUUAAGUCCCCAUUACUUUUGAUCACACUGUGAUAUAACAAUUAUUUGUCUAUGAUUAUUUUGUUUGUGUUUGAAAUGUUCUUGUUUUCUCCCUUUGUUUUAGUUUCUUCUUAUUAGAACAGACUAGUGCAUUCAGUUGAAUGGGCAAUCAAAAUACAAUUGUGAUGAUUCUGACAUUUAAAAAAUAAUGUAAUUUUCAAUGAGUUUUCUUGAAGUGAUUUCCUUAAAAUUAGUAAAAGAAAAAAAAAAACAAGAAAAAUGACAAACAAACCUUCAGUUUCACUGACAGAAAAAUUAAAAAGUGGUAGUGUCCUUAAGUGAAUAACUUAACAAAAAGAAUUUUGAAAUGGUGAUUUUUUUUAGUGAAUUUUGAGUUGACAAACCACACAGUGCUUAUUAUUGGAGACAUUGUUACCAUAACUGUAUUUGAAAUGUGAACAUUCAACUUUCAAGAGAACUUACCAUCUGUUCUAUUUGUGGGAAUCUUUUAUCAAGAAUUUUCAUCAACAUCUUAGAGCUAAAGCUUUCCACUGAAAUUCUUCAAACAUACAUUUCUAACUGAACAAAAUGGAUGACUUUCUAAGAUGUUUGUUUUGUAUUUAUUUCAAACUUCUAUUGAUGUGUGUAAAAGUGUUUCUUUGAACGAACUUAUAGAACUAAGUUUAUAUCCUUGAUAGAAUAAUGUUUCUAGUCAUCUCUUGAGAACAAGAAAAUGACAAAUAUUGAAAUCUCUCUAAAAUGUAACUAUUUUGGUCAUGUUUCUAACCUUAAUGCUUUACAGUCCUUUCAACACUAAUGUUGUCAUUCUUGAGUAGGUUUAAUAACAAGUUAUUUCCCUGCAAGGCCUCUCAUGCACCAUUCGAAAACUUAGGCAAUGCCAUUUUGUACAAUCUUGCUCUUAAAUGAUGAGUUGUAUUUAUUUUCACCUAAUGUAGAUGUUUUGCCUGCUGUGUGUCUCUCUCUUUCACUACAUUAUCAACUGUGUUAAACUGUGUGUGUGUGAAGCUUCAACAUUUCAUUCUAUGAAAACAAACUGUGUGUGACUGAGUGACAGUUUCUGAAAGUCAGUGAGUUAUCCAAGAGUGAAUCAUUUUCUUACUUGAAUCAUGUGCAUUACCUAACUAUAUAUGAAUAUAUUAUAGUAUCUAUAUAUAAAGAAAGGAUUUCUGUUUUAUCUUGAAAUGUUUUUUCCUAGUGUUUGAAAUAGAGGGUGUGUCAGUUUGUAAGCUGUGUAUUUUUACCUAAAUAGUCUUGUCUUCUUGUAGUCACGUAUGUUUGAACCAGAAUGAAGCCUGUUGACUAGUGUCAUUGUUGCCUGAAAGAGUGUUCUAUCUCAUGUAGUGUUAGCCUUGCGUUUUCCAUUGUUCCAAACAUUUUUUUGAGAUUUUAAAACAAUUUCAAGCACAAUAAAAGUGUUAAGUCCACUUCGUAUAUAGAAAUAAGUUUUAACAACUUAAUGUUAUGUCCUUUACUAAGUUACAAGAAAAAAAAAGAUUGAUAAUAAAAUUGUUAAAAUAAUUCCUACCUCAUCCUUGAUCCACUAGCUUGCUUUAGGUCAUCUAGAUGAUAUGGUUUAAUUGACCUACUUUGAUACUCAAUAAGUAAUAGUGAAAGUUUUCAUUGUAAAUGAAUGGUUGAGUUGGAGAGAACUUGACAUUCUGGUCAUGUGCUCAAAUUUCAUGUUUUAACAUUUGAGGUUAUAAGGGACUAGUGUUGGGGGAAAGAGGGAAACAGAAAGUUGUUGAUCUGCCGAGAUCAGACCAUCUUUUUUUUUUAUUCAGCAAAUAUGUCCAUCUUGGACCCGACCUUUAAGUAAUCAUAAACAGUAGCUACACAUUAAGAUUAUUUCAAAGUGAUUUUCAUUCUAUUUGUAUAACUAGAUCCUCCAAGUGGCUUUACAACUUCUCCAUUACAACCCAACAUUCUAGGAGACAAUUGUUGUCCCUUUCAUCUGUAGCCAGAUUAGUCCUUAAAUAGCAGUUAGCUCCAGACAUGAUUAGCUUGUGUUUUAAUGUUGUGAGUUUAGGUUGCAUCUGUAAUCAGAUUAUUCCUUAAGUAACUGUUAGCUCCAGACAUGAUUAGCUUGUGUUUUAAUGUUGUCAGUGUGCUUUGUGAAGUGAUAGAUUGUAUGUUGUUACAUGUUUCUAAUUAUAGCAAAGUGUGAAGCCAGUUGAAUUGAUUCUAUCUUUUUGUUUGUUUUCACACUUAAAAACAAAUGUUAAAAUAAAAAGUUUUUUUUUUUUAAUUUCUUAGUGAAUAGCAUCAAAAUAUAAUUUAUACAUUUAAAAAAAAAAAAUUGCUCUUAAAAUCUAUCAAUAUAAUGAUGUAUGUUUCUUUGCACUGACAGUGAAACUAGGUCAUUGGUUUCUCUAAUGCUGGUAUUUUAAUCAAAUGGUUUUGUGUGUUAGUAUGACUGUUUCUCUGUGAAGAUGGAUUAUAGGUAGACCUCAAUGUUAAUAUUAUCCUAGUGUUUGAAGUAUGGAUUGAAUGUUGUUUUGAUGAUUCCAUACCCUGGUACCCCAUUAUGAUUGGCUGUAAUUGUAAACGUUUUUUUUUAACCAGACGAGGGAUCAAUAAAAGCAUUAAUUACAAAUGAUGUAAUCCUUUUUUAAAUUUUUGUUAAGUAUGAAAAUUAGUUAAUUUUACAUAAAUGCAAGAACUUUAACUGAAAAAAAAAUUUUGAGAUUGAAAUUAUUCAAAUUAAUGUUUACUAAUAAAUAAUGAAACCCUUGUAUUUUGAAUGUAUCCCACUUGUCUUGAGAUCAGGUACAUGCAAAUUUAGUACUAAUUGUCCAACAUUCUAAGUCAGUUUGAUUAUUUUUACACAUUAAAAUCCUUGAUUCUGAUAGUGUUAUUACACAAGUCUGGAAACUAACCCAAUGUCAUGUGAUCCAAAUUUCUCUAAGAGCUUUCUUCCUGGGUUCAACAAAUAUGUCCAUGUGUUUGUGUGUGGAGAAAUGUCCAUGAGUUGAGUGAAAGAAGGAGUGCACCAAAGAACCUAUCUCUGUAUAUAGCAUACCAGUGGCUGCUGUACAUAGGAUGAUGUAAGGUACAUUAAACAUGAUGUAAGGUACAUUAAACAUGAUGUAAGGUACAUUAAACAAAACUUAUCUACUUGAACACACA